CUCUCUCUCUCUCUUUCUCUUUUUCUUUUCUUUUCUUUUCAUUUUUUCCUUUUCCUUUCAUUUCUUCUUUCACGAUUUCCGUAAAUGCUGUCCGUCACCUCAUCCGCCGUCUGCGCGCCAACGUGAUCGCGUAUACGACCGAAAAACAGUGCAUGUGUCCUCCUCGUCGGCGGUACCGUGUCCCCCAUAUAAACUCGAUACUGGAAGUAACGGAAGAAAAAACCAGCAUUGAAAAAACUCGUCACUCACGUAUACUGCCUCGCGAAUCGCUUUCGCGAAUAGUUUGCGCGCACACGAACGCGGAAGAUCGUUGAUUUUACGAUCGGAUUCUACGGAUUCCACAGUGCGAUCUCUCUCCAUUGCUGAUACACGUUUAGGCAAUCAGAAUGUAUCGUGCACUACUUUUUCUUGUCUUCGUUUAUGGGAGCAUUCGCGGAAUGCAAUUCCACAGUAAAGGAGACGUACCUCGUUUAUAUCAUCCGCGUUUCUUAAUGUAUGAGGAACCGUACAACAUCGAGUUCAAGUAUCACAAUUACGAGCAGAUGAGCCGCUUUCUUCGCGCGACGUCCCUUCGAUUUCAAAAUCUCACCGCGCUGUAUUCAAUAGGAAAGUCGGUGAAAGGUCGUGAUUUAUGGGUAAUGGUCGUGUCAUCCUCGCCGUACGAGCACAUGAUCGGAAAGCCCGAUGUAAAAUAUAUCGCUAACAUACACGGAAACGAAGCUGUGGGACGUGAAUUAAUGCUUCAUCUCAUUCAUUUUCUCGUAACAUCGUACGGAUCAGACGCAUAUAUUACAUGGUUAUUAGAUAAUACAAGAAUUCAUAUUCUACCGUCAAUGAAUCCUGAUGGCUUUGAAGUUUCUAAAGAGGGACGCUGCGACGGUGGUCAAGGCAGGUAUAACGCGCGCGGCUUUGACCUAAAUCGCAAUUUCCCAGACUAUUUUAAACAAAACAAUAAAAAAAGUCAACCGGAAACCGAGGCCGUUAAGGAAUGGGUUUCGAAGAUUCAGUUCGUGCUCUCGGGCAGUCUGCACGGUGGUGCGCUUGUGGCCAGCUAUCCCUUCGACAAUACCCCAAAUUCGCGAAUAUGUCGAUCGGCGCCCCUAUGUGCAGUGUUUCAGAGUUUCACUUCAACGCCGAGCGUCUCGCCGGAUGACGAUGUGUUCCAACAUUUAUCGUUGACGUAUUCUCGAAACCAUGGGUCUAUGUAUCAAGGAUUACCCUGUUCGCCGUCUCAGCCCGCAUUUAAACGUGGAAUUACUAACGGCGCCGAAUGGUACCCGCUUACCGGUGGAAUGCAAGACUUCAACUACGUGUGGAACGGCUGUAUGGAGAUCACCUUGGAACUUUCUUGUUGCAAAUAUCCUCCGGCCGCGGAUUUACCACAUUACUGGGCGGAAAAUCGAGCGUCUCUAAUCAAAUUUCUGGCGGAAGCUCAUAGAGGUGUUCACGGUUUUGUUGUCGAUGAAAAUGGUAAUCCUAUCGAAAGGGCUUCCGUUAAAGUGAAAUCACGAGAUGUCAGUUUCUCAACAACAAAAUAUGGCGAAUUUUGGAGAAUACUUUUGCCUGGCGUUUACAAGUUAGAGGUAUUUUCAAACGGAUAUGUACCUCGUGAAAUUGAAUUUGUAGUAAUUGAACAACAUCCGACACUCCUCAAUGUUACCCUUUACUCGACAAAAAGGCAAUAUGACGAUGAAAAUGGAUCUGUUUUAUAUAACGGAAAUAUCGGCGGAAGACCUUAUCCACACCGUGAUCAUACGUUACAUUAUCGACCUCAAUCGGGAAUUAAUACUGCGGCCGAUGCCAACAGCGGUAUCUUCUCGUCUAUCAGUAACGGAUUUAACAGCUUUGUGACAAAUCUCUUUGGGUAAUCUCAUGAAAAACACACACACACACACACACACACACACAUACAACAAUUACUUAUUUAUUCUAUAUUAUCGUGUAUAAAAUAAAAUAAAACGGUAAGUUUAAGCUGUCUAUAUUUUAGUCGGUGCAAAAACAAAUCGUAAUAUCCGAUUAAUCGGCAAAAUACUGCCAAACAAUAAUGUGUCCUAUAUAUGUUUAUCUCAUAUUAAGUUUGAUAUAAUCCCUAUGUCACAAAGUGUUAAUGUAUUGAUCGUCAAAAAUGUAUAUUAAAAAGUGUACUUUUUAUUUAUAAAAACAGAAACAAUUUUUAUUUCAUAUAGUCAGUAGUAUUAUAUGAUGUAAUAUCUACAUCUCUAAACGUUUUAUGCAAUUAAGAAAUAGAUAAUAUAAUCGAUAA